AUGAAACAAAAACAAAAACAAAAAAUCGUCGAAGAAGUACAUGACGUAGAAACGAAUGAAGAAAAUGGAAAUAAUGACUCAACAACAAAUGGUCAGGAUGAAACAACAGCUGUAGAUCAAUUAAAUUUUACAGAAGAAGAAAGAGCAAAAGGGAUAUUAAAAAAUUUUAAAAUCUCAAAGAAAACAAUUAAAAAAUUAAAAGCUCGUGGUGUAGAAUUUUUAUUUCCUGUUCAAUCAGAAAGUUACAAUUUUAUCCAUGAGAAAAAAAAUUGUAUUGUUAAAGCACGAACAGGUACUGGAAAAACAUUAGCAUUUAUUCUACCCAUUGUCGAAUUACUACAAAGUCAAGAUAGUGAUCAAUUAGAAGAUGGUCGUUCACCACGCGUUCUAGUAUUAACACCCACACGCGAAUUAACAAAACAAAUAUCCGAUGAUUUUAGUUCAAUUGUUACAAAUUUAUCUGUUGUGACAAUCGGUGGUAAAAAGAAUGAUCAACAAGAAGCAGGAUUACGUGCAGGAUGUGACAUUAUUGUUGCUGCACCCGCUCGAUUAUCAGAUUUUAUUUCAAAUGGAAAAAUAUCAUUGGAAAAUAUUCAACAUGUUGUAUUAGAUGAAAUUGAUCAAAUGUUAGAUAUGGGAUUUAAAGACAGUGUUAAUGAAAUAUUAUCAAAUGUUUUCUCAUCUGACACGACAGAAAAACCUCAAAUGAUUGUGUUUUCUGCUACAAUUCCUGACUGGAUUAAACAAGCAAAAAAACAAUAUAUGUCUAGUGGAUAUGAAAUGAUCGAUUUAAUUAAAGAUAGUAAACAGAAAACAGCAACAAAUGUUGAACAAAUGUCAACAGAUCAAGAUCGUGAAAGUACAAUUGAUGUUCAAUUAGUAAAAGCAAUAGAUGGCGUUACAGAAGAAGCUAAAGCACAUGUUCGUUCAACAGCCGAACACAUACUCGAAAAACGUGAUGCUAUUGAUGCAUUAUCAGCUGCACUUGCUUGUGUAUCAGGAACAACAAGCGGUGGGACAAAAUCAUUACUUACGAAUCGAGAAAAUUAUACAACUUAUAUGAUGACUGUUCAAGAUGAAUUUCAAGGCGUUGGAUUAGUAUAUACAACAUUGAGACGUUGUUUUGGAGAUGAUUUCGAUGCAAAAAGUAAUUGUUCAAAAAUAGGAUUUACAAAAGAUAGAAAAGGUGCCGUCUUUGAUCUUCCUAGCGAAUUAGAUGAAACGUUACAAGGCUAUUGGAAAGAUAGUCCUCGAUUACAAUUAAAAGCAAUAACAGAACUCCCAGAAAUAGACGAAGCAUCAAUGAAUGGUGGAGGAAAUGAUUACAAUGCGAGAGGUGGAGGAAGAGGCGGUCAACGAGGUGGAUCGCGUGGAAAUAGUCGUGGUAAUGGUCGUGGUGGCAGUUUUGACAGACCAUCAAAUGCAUGCUUCAAUUGUGGACAAACAGGACAUAUGUCAAGAGAAUGUACUGAACCAAAAUCUGGCGGUGGUGGUGGACAAUCAAAUGCUUGUUAUAACUGUGGACAAACGGGACAUAUGUCACGUGAUUGUACUGAACCUAAAACUGGUGGUGGUCGUCCAUCGAAUGGAAGUUCAAAUGUUUGUUAUAAUUGUAAUCAAGAAGGACACAUGUCUCGUGAUUGUACAGAGCCGCGAAAAGCCGGAGGUCGACCCUCAGGAGGUGAUCAAUCAAAUGUAUGUUUCAAUUGUCAACAACCUGGUCAUAUGUCUCGUGAUUGUACAGAGCCAAGAAAGUUUGGAGGUUCACGCGGUGGACGAGGUGGAGGCGGUCGUGGUGGUGGUGGUCGCGGUGGAGGACCAAAACGUAGUUUUGAUCUGUCUGGUGAUGGCGGUGGAGCAUCAAAUAAAAAAGUCAAAUUCGAUAGUGAUGGUGAAGACGAAUAA